AUGCGGGAGCUGGCGACGCUCGGGGUGGAUGUCUCGCUGGACGACUUUGGCACCGGCUACUCGUCGCUGGCGUACCUGAAGCGCCUGCCGAUCCAGGAGAUCAAGAUCGACCGCUCUUUUGUGCAGGACGCCCCCACCAACGCCGACGAUGGCGUGCUGGUGGAGAGCAUCCUGUCGGUGGCUCGGCAUUUCGGUCUGCGCGUGGUGGCCGAAGGUGUCGAGACCCAGGCCCAGGCCGAUUUCCUGAGCCAGCGCGCCCAGGACAUCGUGCACCAGGGCUACCUGUUCGGGCGCCCCGAACCCCAGGCUGAUUGGGUGGCGCGGCUGGCUCCAGCGCAGGCCUUGGUGUAG